AUGCAAAGACCAGGCGGCCAAGGGACGGCGUUUUCUAUCGAUUCCCUGAUAGGGACCCCCCAGCCCAGACCGGGACACCUGCUCUACACGGGCUACCCCAUGUUCAUGCCCUACAGACCUCUGGUUAUUCCUCAAGCUUUAUCCCACUCGCCUUUAUCGUCUGGUAUACCUCCACUUGCGCCUUUGGCUUCUUUUGCGGGCCGGCUCACCAACACGUUCUGUGCCAGUUUGGGACAGGGGGUGCCGUCCAUGGUCGCGCUCACCACCACGAUGCCAAGUUUCUCGGAUCCACCGGACAGUUUUUAUCCGCCACAAGAGCUACCCGGUCCGCGUUUAAGCGCCGCCGAUCCCGGAGCGAGGAGGCAGGAAAGUCCGCAUUCAGAGGAGCUGCACAGCCGGGACAAGGGCUCUGAGCUGCUCAACUUCACAGAAACUUUCCAAACAAUAUCAGGUGAAACCAAACUGUACAGUUCAGACGACGAGAAGCUGGAUCUAAAGUCUGCAGACACCGUUUGCAGCGACCGGGAGGACAGCUCCGCAGACAGCGAGAACGAAAGUUUCUCGGAUGGAAACAACUGUGGCUCUCUGUCCCAGAAGAGCAAACUAAAAACUGGUUCACAGGAGACGAUACCGACCGGCAGCUCAGCGGGGAAGAGCAGGAGGAGACGAACAGCUUUUACAAGUGAGCAGCUGCUGGAACUCGAAAAGGAAUUUCACUGUAAAAAGUACCUUUCUCUGACUGAACGUUCCCAAAUUGCGCACGCACUUAAACUGAGCGAAGUGCAGGUGAAGAUUUGGUUUCAGAACCGCAGGGCCAAAUGGAAACGGAUCAAAGCCGGUAACGUCAACAACCGGUCAGGAGAACCGGUGAGAAACCCCAAAAUUGUGGUCCCCAUCCCGGUGCACGUCAACAGGUUUGCAGUGAGGAGUCAGCAUCAACAAAUAGAGCAAGGAACCAGGCCGUGAACUCAGAUGAAAACACAAAUAUUAAUAGUAAAAAGAAAAACAAAAACACUCACACUGACUGUAUGUUCCACUGAUUUGUUGAACGCAUGAAGCACAA